CUUUGGUCACGUGACUUGUGGAACCAAAAUGGCCGCUGUUGUAUUUUGACGUAUAAUAGCUAGCUACUUUUCUUUUUGUUUCAUUCUUGGUAGAAAACCAGCAAACAGCAGACUUUUUGGGGGAACUAUAUUUCGCCAUCCUCCGAAUAUCGGUGUCGUUUUUUAUCUUGAAGACAAUCAAAAUCCUGACACAUAUAUUUGUUGAACGAGUUAGACUAUGCAUAUUUAGAUCUAAUACAAGCUAGCUAGCUGGCUCUGGCUGGCAUAUUAAAGCAUUAGAAAGUGAAAUAGCUAGCUGUCUUAGCUGGGAUGAUGGAGGAGUUGAGCGCAGAUGAGAUUCGCAGGAGGAGACUGGCACGAUUGGCAGGAGGACAAACGUCCCAGCCUAGCACCCCUCUCAGCACACCCCUGACAUCCCCACAGAGAGAGACUCCACCUGGACCCCUCCCUGGACCCUCAGGUGCUGCGCCCCAACCCGUGCCACCAGCUGCCUCUCAAUCACUGGGCCUCAAUGUCCACAGUGGUACCCCUGCCACAUCCCCUAUGGGCACCUCUGGGGUCGCUUAUGGUAGUCAGAGCAGCGAGGGUGUGAGCUCACUCUCCAGCUCCCCCUCCAACAGCCUUGAGACUCAGUCCCAGAGUUUGUCCCGAUCGCAGAGCAUGGAUAUCGACCCUGCCUCCUGUGAAAAGAGCAUGUCCCAGGUGGAUGUGGACUCAGGGAUAGAGAACAUGGAGGUGGAGGACAGUGACCGCAGGGAGAAGAGAAACUUGACUGAGAAGGAAACUUCUGCAAACUCAGAUGUCUCUGAAGAACAGGCCCUGCAGCUCAUUUGCAAGAUUCUCCGCGUAUCGUGGAAGGAGCAGGAUAGAGAUGUCAUCUUUCUCCCUUCACUGGCUGCAGAGUUUCACCAGAACCCUAAAGAAGUAUACUCUGACUUCAAAGACCUCAUCAGCCAGAUCCUGAUGGAAGUCUUAAUGAUGUCCACCCAGUCACGUGUCCACAACCCCUUCGCCAGCUUGACAGCCACCUCACAGCCAAUUGCAGCAGCCAAAUCCCCCGACCAUCGUCUGACACUGGUGCAGCCCUCCAGCCAAGGUGGAAGCCCAAUGGGCCCUAGCGCUGGAUCCUUUGGAGCCAGCUCUCUGUCCAGUCUUGGGGCAUGUGGAGGGGGGAUGUCCUGCGAAUCAGCCAGCGACCGCUUCACCAUUGAAACAUGCAAAGAGACAGAGAUGCUGAACUACCUCAUUGAGCGUUUUGACAGCGUUGGCAUGGAGGAGAGGAAAGCUCCCAAGAUGUGUAGCCAACCAAAUGUCAGCCAGCUUCUCAGUAACAUUCGCUCUCAGUGUAUUUCCCAUGUUGCCCUGGUCCUUCAAGGCGCUCUGACCCAGCCUCGGAGCCCUCUCCAACAGUCUCUGCUGGUACCUUACAUGCUGUGUCGGAACCUUCCAUAUGGCUUUAUUCAGGAGCUGGUGCGCAUUACUCACCAGGAGGAUGAAGUAUUCAGACAGAUUUUCAUCCCCAUCCUCCACGGCCUGGCUCUUGCAGUCAAAGAAUGUUCCUUUGACAGUGACAACUUUAAAUUUCCCCUCAUGGCAUUAGCUGAGCUUUGUGAAAUUAAGUUCGGAAAGACUCACCCGGUGUGCAAUUUGGUAACAUCACUGCCUUUGUGGUGUCCCAAACCUCUGAGCCCUGGAUGUGGCAGAGAGAUUCAGAGACUGUCCUACCUGGGAGCCUUUUUCGGCCUCUCUGUGUUCGCUGAGGAUGAUACAAAAGUUGGAGACAAAUACUUCUCCGGCCCGGCCAUCACCAUGGAGAACACACGAGUCGUCAGCCAGUCACUGCAGCACUACCUGGAGUCUGCAAGGGGUGACAUGUUCAAAGUUCUCCACAACAUCCUGCUAAACAGUGAAACGCGGGAGUUGGCUCUUAAUUACAUGGCAGCUCUAGUCAACUACAAUGUGAAGAAAGCCCAGAUGCAGACUGAUGACAAGCUGGUUUCGACAGACGGUUUCAUGCUCAACUUCUUAUGGGUGCUGCAACAGCUGAGCAUGAAGAUCAAGUUAGAGACAGUGGAUCCCUACUAUAUUUUCCAUCCACGGUGUCGCCUUGUCGUCAGUCUUGAGGAAACGCGUCUCAAAGCCACCAUGGACGAGCUCAAGGCCUGGCUGUCUGAACUACAUAAAGACCCCGCCAAGUUCACGGAACCCAAAUUUCCUACCGAGUGUUUCUUUUUGACGCUUCACACCCACCACUUAUCCAUCCUGCCUGGCUGCCGGCGCUACAUCCGGAGAUUACGAGCCAUCCGCGAACUCAACAGGACUGUAGAGGAGCUCAAAAACAGUGAGAGCCAGUGGAAAGAUUCUCCCCUGGCGAGUCGACACAGAGAGAUGCUCAAACGCUGCAAAACUCAGCUUAAGAAACUGGUGCGAGCCAAAGCUUGUGCUGAUGUGGGCCUUCUGGAUGAGAACCUGCUCCGCAGAUGUCUGCAGUUUUACAGCACAGUCAUCCAGCUCAUUCUUCGCAUGGUGGACCCCACCUACCCCAACAUUAACCUGCCUCUGAACCCCGAGAUUCCCAAAAGCUUUGCCGCUCUGCCCGAGUUUUACAUUGAAGAUGUGGCAGAGUUUCUGCUUUUUGUUGUGCAGUACUCACCCCAGGUUUUAUAUGAGCCAUGUGUCCAGGACAUUGUCACCUUCUUGGUGGUGUUCAUCUGCAGUCAGAACUACAUCAGGAACCCCUACCUUAUCGCCAAGUUGGUGGAGGUGCUGUUCGUCACCAACCCCGCUGUUCAGCCUCGUACUCAGCGAUUCUCUGAAAUGAUGGAGAACCACCCGUUGUCCGUCAAACACCUGGUCCCUGCUCUCAUGAAGUUUUACACUGAUGUUGAGCAUACCGGUGCUACCAGUGAGUUUUACGAUAAGUUCACUAUACGGUACCAUAUCAGCACGAUCUUCAAGAGCCUCUGGCAAAACAUUGCCCACCAUGGAACCUUCAUGGAGGAGUUCAACUCUGGCAAGCAGUUUGUGCGCUACAUCAACAUGCUGAUUAAUGACACCACCUUCUUGUUAGAUGAGAGCCUUGAAUCCCUGAAGCGCAUUCAUGAAGUUCAAGAGGAGAUGAAGAAUAAAGAGCAGUGGGAGCAGCUGCCAAGGGAGCAGCAGCAGAGUCGUCAGUCCCAGCUGACUCAGGAUGAGCGGGUGUCCCGCUCCUAUCUGGCCCUGGCUACCGAAACAGUUGAAAUGUUCCACAUCCUCACCAAGCAGGUCCAGAAGCCUUUCCUAAGGCCUGAGCUGGGGCCUCGUUUAGCUGCCAUGCUGAACUUUAACCUCCAGCAGCUGUGCGGGCCCAAAUGUCGGGACCUGAAGGUGGAAAACCCAGAGAAGUAUGGCUUUGAGCCCAAGAAACUCCUAGACCAGCUGACAGACAUCUACCUGCAGCUAGACUGUGCUCGCUUUGCUAAAGCUAUAGCAGAUGACCAGAGGUCAUACAGCCGUGAACUCUUUGAGGAGGUGAUCUCAAAGAUGAGGAAGGCUGGCAUUAAGUCCUCAAUUGCUAUUGAGAAAUUCAAGCUGCUAUCGGAGAAGGUGGAGGAAAUAGUCGCCAAGAACUCCCAGUCUGAAAUGGACUACAGCGAUGCACCGGAUGAGUUCAAAGACCCUCUGAUGGACACGCUGAUGACCGACCCUGUGAUGCUGCCUUCGGGGAACAUCAUGGACAGAUCCAUCAUCUUACGCCACCUGCUCAACUCCCCCACUGAUCCCUUCAACAGGCAGCCACUCACAGAGAACAUGCUGGAGUCAGUGCCUGAACUGAAGGAGAGGAUCCACACCUGGAUGAGGGAGAAACAGGGUGGACGGGGUGUCUAAGGACUACGCCACUGAUGUCUGGCUAAUCAUCAUUAAGGGAUCGGUCCAAAUCACCUGAAUUCAGCAUCACUACUACCAAUGAGAACAAAAAAACAAACAUUUUGAAUGGAGAGGAAAAAAAGGAGACUUGAUUUGAUAAUUUUUUUUCUUUUAUUUCUUUUUUUUUUUCUUUUUUUUUUUGCAUUUACCCUUUUUGUCUCAAACCAUUAUCAUGGUUCUAAAACAAAACAUAAUAAAGCUAAGACUUUUAAGUUUUUCUCAUGAGUUUGUGUAUAUAUAUAUAUACAUAUAUAUAUAAAAAAUAUAUAUAUCAAAGUAUAUACAUUAAUUUAACAAUAGUGCAUUAUAACGCUGCAGAAACCAUUACCAACAGGUUUACCUGCGAGGUGCAUACAGUCUCUUCAUUGAUCACCUUCCUUUAUGGUUCUCAUUUUGUUUGGUAUUACGGAGUCUAGUUGGGUUCUGAUAAAACUGUUAGCCUCAAGUUUUCUUUAUCAAGACUUGUGACGGUAAUGAGUUAGAGUCCACGUAAUGUUUAAUGGUGUCCCAGAGAUAACUUAUGCACAGUUUGUGCUUGUAGAAGAGGUUCAGGAUUGGGAAUACCCUAAACUAAUCCUCAGUGUCAGCUUUUGUUUUGAGUAAAGUAGGAAGAUGAGCUGUGGCUCACAAUGAUAAAGUGUGCCCAAAUUUUCCUUCUCGGUCACGUUUUCCCCGCUGACUUUGAUAGAUUGAAUUUACGUGUGUGUGUGUGUGUGUGUGUGUGUGUGUGUGUGUGUGUGUGUGUGUGUGUGUGUGUGCACGGCCUUAAGUCAAGAACCUCCUGAGCGCCACGUGGACAUGUAAUCCCCAUUUUAGGUCUAGUGGAAGGACCGUGAGAAUGUAGCAUGAUCACCUGAAGCACCAUCCUAGGAGCACACCAUUAAGUCAUCUCACCUUAAAAUGGUCUCUUUCAAAUAGCACUGUACCUAACUUGACCUUGCUGACCUUAACUGUACAGGAAAUUAUUUCCUUUAACCACAUACCUGUUUUGGAAGCUAGGAUUUUGAACUCGAAUAAAUGAUGAUGCACAUUA